CUACCAUAUACAGCCCCAGCGUUGCCGGUGAUCGAGCACUUCACGCGGGGUUCUGCUCUUCAAAGCGACGAGGCCUAUACUCGUUCUUGUCUACUUCAUCCUGGGUCCCUUUACUCCUCCCGAGGUCUACGGCCCAGUUAGCGGAUGUCUGACUAUGAUUCGACCCGACAGCGGAUUACAUCCUCUGUCUUUGCCAAGCUUAGCGCGUCCGGCCAACAGGAGGAGUAUGUAGCUCACCUCAAGAUCUGGGAGGAGGAAGGGGAUGGCUCCAGGAAGUCAAGAUAUAUCAUCUUGUCACAGUCACCCGAUGGUGGAUCCAUUCAUAAAUCCAAGUCCAACCAGAACGGCACCUUCUCUGUCGGAAAGACAUGGCAAGUCACAGAGCUCAGAGGUGUUGAGGUGAUCAAUCCCAUUAACUUCAAUAUCACCAUUACAAGAACCUAUCGGUGGCAGACAGAGAAUCCGAAGGAGCAGCUGAACUUCAUAGCCGCAUUGAUUCAGCUAUUCCACACCGUGACGCAGGGCUCUCAACCGCUCAACAUCAGAGGCUUCAAUAUCUCCGCUGCCGCUGCCGCUUCUACACCAAGACCUCAGCCAAUAGACCCCGGAAAUGUUAGGCGAAUGGAGCGCGCUCCUACGCCACCUAACGGUACCCCACUACCACCCGCGUCACCUAGGAGACCCGUUGCGAACGAUCGUACAAAUGGACAUGCGCGGAAUAGUAGUCGCAGUCAACGUUUUGAUGAUUCUCCUUCGCCUGCCGCGAACACGCCGCCAAGGUCGCGUCGGGCAGCAACCCCUGCGCAGUCCGAGUUUUCGGACUCUCCGUCUCGUCCUCCGCCGGUAGUUGUCGGCACUGAACGGCCGGGAACACCUUCUCGCACUCGACCUGGAACACCAUCAUCACAGACUUCAACUAUUCCGCCUGCGCUGCGAGCCGGAGUUCAUGCAAGGAGAACAUCAAAUGUUGCCUCUACCGCCAGCGCGGGAUCGUCCAUGCUGGCUGUUGCUGGUGCUGCACCAUACCGCUCAGCAACUCCACCAGCUGCGAAUGGAGCAGUCAAGCGUGCUACCCCCCAGGCCCCUCCAAUCAGUAUCCCUACCAGAUACAAUGGGGUUUACGCAAAUGGAACGUUGGGCGUGCCCGACGGGUCAUCAUCCUCUCAACCGUCACCUAUGUCAACAUAUCCAUCGACGCCGGACAACCUUUCCGUUCCCUUACCUGAACAAAGUCUCCCUCUCCGGAAAAAGCCCUCGCGGACUCCGACUAUGGAUCCCGACACUGGUCAGCCGCGCCGCGAGCAAAACGCUCGUGUAUCCUUCUAUGAUCCUCCCAAUCAGGCCACGCUCAACCAGCUGCUGUCCGGUGAUGUUGUUAUGUACGAGUCCAUCGAUGACGAAGGCGAGAGCACCCGGGUCAUGGAGGACACGACAGCACAAGCCACACUGGACAGCAUGGAGGAGAUGCUGGAGGGUUACGAGUGGGCUACAGACGACAUCAUGGGUCGAAGGUCGAUGACAGGUGCGGCCGACCGGAUGGAAGCACGACUACUGGACGAGUUGAUGGCAUUAGACAAGGCGAACAUACACUCGUUCAUCGAGUCUGAUGAUCGGGUGAAUAUCGUUCUAAAAUUCCUCGAGGACGCGAUAUCGGAGCUCGACAGUAUGGACAGUGUCAUAUCCUCGUACAAGAUCCACUUGAACGCUGUCAAUGAGGAUAUCGGCUUCAUCCAGUCACAGAACCGUGGUCUACAGGUGCAAAUACAAAAUCAACGAGCGCUUACUAAUGAGCUCGAAGAGUUGCUGCAAACUGUUCAUGUGGAUAAGGAAGCUCUGCUCGCCCUGACACAGGAGUCGUUAGAGAAGCCAGCAAGCAUACAACGACUGGAGGGUGCUGCAACAGAACUCUACAAGGCCCUUCAAGCGAGCAAGGAUCGCGACAUGGCGGCUACGUUCGAGCGGCUCGAUGAGUACAGGACGCACAAUGCACACUUCUGCAAGCGCGUCCUCGAGUACUUGACCUUCAUGAUCACUGCCCAGGCCAAGAUGCUCUUGGGUGACACCGAUGGUGUGGUGAAAUCUCCGCAAGGCAGACCAUCCUUGAUGAACCAUCGAACUAUGGAGACGUAUCUCGGUCGUUAUGGUGGCCUACUCCUGUAUCUCAAAGAGAUGGAUGAGGGCGUGUACGCGAAACUUUGUGCCGCCUAUUUCGCCGCUGCUAGUGGCCUUCACAACACGCAAGUACGAGCACUCCUCAGCACCUGCAGUUCCAUGAUCAAGGAGACCGCUGACGAUGACGCGGAAGGGUUCGGUGGGAUUACGCCAACAACGACAUCCUCCAAGGCUGCAUCUGGCUUGCGUAGAGCUGGUACCAUCGCACGGUCACCUCUAGAAGGGCGCAGAGGAAAGAAAGAACGGCCAGAUGGCGAUAUGACAGCGGCUGACGCCUUGUCACUUGUCCUCGAAGAAAUCGCUUCUAUCAUAUAUCACGAGGAAGAGUUCAUUGCCGACUUCUUGCAGAUCAACGACGCAGGUCUCACGUUCGCCGAUUACAUGGGCCUCGAGAACUACUUCCGUCGUCAGGCUGCGAGAUUCGCUGGCCUCAGUCAAGCGACCCUGAAGCUCAUGCGGGGUGCCCUGGACUUGAUUUUUGGAUUCCUCCCCACUGAACUCAAGGCAUGGCUGGAUGGCGCCAUGAGCAAGGACGGUCUGCAAAUCAUAGGCAUCGUCGUGGCUCUGGAGAGGUUCCUUGGCGAAGCCGAAGAGCGAGGCAAUGCAUUCGUGCUAAGCUUGUUGGAGAAGCAGCAUGUCCGUCUGAAAGGUCUGUUUGAACGUCGGGUGAACGAGCAAAUCAAGACAAUAGAGGACAUGAGGCUCACAAGCAAGAAACGCAACGGAGUUGCCCCAUUCAUCAAAUACUUCCCUGUCUACAUCGGGCGCGUGGAAACACAGCUCAUCGGUGCAGAUACUCUUGAGAUACGCCAAACUGUCGAUCAGGCCUACGACAAGAUCGUACAGUCAAUGUUUGACGCGCUGAAGCACAUGGCAAAGUUGGACGGAGAGGGCGAAGACAAAGGCCAGCUGAACUACCAUGUCAUUCUCAUAGAGAACAUGCAUUACUUCGUCGCGGAGGUCUCCCUACUUCAAUUAGGCUCAGUCGCGACCUUCUUGAAACGAGCAGAGGCCAUUUAUGAGGAAAACCUGAACGCAUAUGUGAAGAUAGUGCUGAGACGACCGUUCUUCAAGCUCAUCGAUUACUUCGAGGGUAUUGAGCGUGUCUUGAAGACCACAGCGCCAUCGGAGGUCCCGUCCAACAGCAGUUAUUCCAAGUCCGCGUUGAAGAAGGUCGUCAAGGAGUACAACUCGAAGGACGUACGGAAGCAUAUCGACUCUCUCUUCAAGAGGGUCGAGAAGCACUUCACGGAGGCCUCAGAAAAGGCUACGUCCGAAGACGUCAGCACAGGCAUUGCCUCGGGGACUGUCAUGGUCGGCGUGUGGAAGGCGUGCGAAGACGAAUUGCUCAGGAUCACGGAUUUGUUCGUGAAGAGGAUUGACCAGUGCUACAAGGACAUGGGCGUCAGCCUGGAGUACAGUGCAGGCGAUGUUCAGGCCGCCUUCAAGAGACAUCGUGUAGCUGCUUAGCUAUCUAUCUGACUUAUUUAUGCGUUGAAGGAGGUGUAACAUAUAUGGAUCAUGUUAAAUACCCAGCAGUUGUAUGUAUAGACAAACAAUAGCAUCUUUUCGUGUCUGA